CCUUGCCCUUCUCAAUCUGAAGCAAGCAACUGAUGGAGCUGCCCUUCCAAUUCCAAGCCAUUUGUGGUCUAUUAGCUCUAGCUCUCAUCUUUUACCAUCUAUGGAUCACAAAAGCUAACAAGACUAAGCCCACAGAGGCCCCAGAGCCACCUGGUGCAUGGCCUAUAAUAGGCCACCUCCUUCAGUUAACGGCCCCUCAGCCCCUCUUCCGAACCCUUGCAGCGAUAGCAGACAAGCAUGGACCAGCCUUCACUGUCCGAUUUGGUGUCCAUCGGACACUAGUCAUCAGCAACAGUGAGUUAGCCAAGGAGUGCUUCACCAUCAACGACAGGGCGCUUGCUAGCCGUCCAAGAUGUGCCUCAAGCAACCACUUGAGCUUUGACUAUGCUAUGUUGGGUUUGGCACCCUAUGGACCUUAUUGGCGUGAAGUACGCAAGUGGGUAGUUCUUGAGCUGCUCUCUAACCGCCGGCUUGAGUCACUCCGGCAUGUCCGAUUCGCAGAAAUCGACAAUUGUGUUAAGGAUCUAUAUGGGAUUUGGGUGAGAAACAAUAGGAAUCAGAUUAAGGUCGAAAUGAAUCGAUUGUUUCAAGAUCUAACCAUGAAUAUUGUUCUUAAGAUGGUUGUGGGUAAACGAUAUUUCAGUGUUGUCCAUGGUGACAACAAUGAAGAGGUUCAGAGGAUCCAAAGUGUUAUGGUUGAUUUCUUUAAAUACAUAGGUGUCUCAGUUGCUUCAGAUGUGCUUCCCAAGUUCCUAUCAUGGUUGGAUUGGGAUGGGCAACAAAGGGCAAUGAAGAAAACUGCUAAGGCGAUGGACGUUCUUGCUGAGAGCUGGCUACAAGAUCAUCGGCAAAAGAGAGUAUCUGGGAAGACUAGCGAUGGUGAUGAGCAAGACUUCAUUGAUGUGAUGCUUUCCACUCUUGAAGAAGAUGCUCAAUUAUACGACCAUGAUCGUGAUUCAGUAGUGAAGUCCACCGUACUGAAUUUAAUCUUAGCUGCCACAGAUACCACCUCGCUAACCCUUUCAUGGCUUCUUUCUUUGUUACUGAACAACAAGAAAGUCUUAACAAAAGCCCAAGAAGAAUUGGAUUUCCACAUUGGGAAGGAUAGGAAUGUAGAAGAAAAAGACAUUGACAACCUUGUGUAUCUCCAAGCAAUAAUCAAGGAAACACUUCGUCUAUACCCAGCAGGACCACUCUUAGUUCCCCAUGAAGCCCAGGAAGACUGCUCUUUAAGUGGCUUCAAAGUCCCAAAAGGGACACGUGUGCUAGUCAACGUUUGGAAGAUACAUAGAGACCCACACAUGUGGUCAAAACCUUUGGAAUUCCAGCCAGAGAGAUUUCUUACAAGCCAUGCAGAUGUAGAUGUACGUGGGAAAAGCUUUGAUUUGAUUCCUUUCGGUUCGGGUAGAAGAUCUUGCCCGGGUAUAAUGUUUGCCCUCCAAACCUUGAACAUGAUGGUUGCUCGCUUGCUUCACGGGUUCAAUCUACAAACACCCUCUGAUCUGCCUGUGGAUAUGACUGAAGGUAUUAGUUUAACACUGCCAAAGGAAUUCCCCUUGGAAGUCCUCCUUAGCCCUAGACUUCCUUCUCAUCUCUAUGAAUGAGUAAGAGGGACUAAGUUUCUCUACAUAAGGUCCAAAAAGGUGGUCGCACGCAUUCCAAGACAUUUUUGGACAUUAGAUGAGCGCCGAACACUAUGGUGCGCCACAGAGGAUCCAAAUCAGUCAAAAAACCCCGCAUAAUCAAUUCCUUGUGGAGAGUUGUGGUGUUCAGCCUAUAUGGUCUUCUAAUUAGUGCUUUACUUUUAGUGGUGUAUUGUCCUUUUGUUGUGGUAGUGUUGAGGUCGUUUUUUUAUCUAAAUGGUAUUUCCCUUGUAUCCU